AUGCAGAGGUUUUUAAAUCCUUCAGCGUUUUAGAAAAUGCAGUUUGUAAUCCGUUAAAAGCUUCUUUACGCAGCAGCGCUGGCGGUCCAACUGGGAAUCUCCCGAUGACGCAGCGAAAGCGUCGCAGCUGAGCGCUGAAGGGCCAAUAAAUUAUGCUAAUCAGUCAGGGCAGAUUGGAGGCGUGUUGCUGCCUUAACGAGGUGGGGAGCGUGCCCAUGCGCUGUGGAUCAGCUCUGAGAGGAAACGCAGCCUCAUAUGCCGCUUUUUACCUGACAAGACUUUGCUUUUGCUGGAGAGUGUCGCGCAAAAUUUAUUAACCAAAAAAAAAAAAAAAAAAGUUUGCAGGAUUCUCCAACAAAUCCACAGACUGGCAUCCUGAGCGGAGCGACGCUCCAAGCAUCCCACCCGCGCCUGUCAGAGCGCUGCGCUGCAGGCGCGCUCUCUCACACGCGCGCGGCACAGUGCCACACAUUCGUGACUCCACGCCAGAUGCGGUUUGCUCCCAGCAGCGCGUGUAGUUCGUAGCAGAGCAAGAAACCAAGAGGAGCAGUAUAUAUUCACAUAUAUAUAUUUUUUUUCUACGUGCAAACAUGGAGAAAGAAGCGGCGCGUCUGAAGCGGCAGAGCUGCCGCGCAACAGCGCUGAACGUGAUCUCGUCUUUGUGCUCAGUGGCGUCCAUCGCCUUGUGCGUCCAUCUGAGCGUCGACACGGCUGACAUCAAGAACAGAGUUGUGGAUUUGGAGAGCGGGACGGGCGAGCACCCCUUCAUCCACGGCUCCGGCUACUCUGUGGAUGAUCUCAAUUCUCUGGUUCAGCAAAGAGUGGAUGAGCUGUUGUCUCAGCGCACAUAUGAAAAUUUCAUCAAGAUCCGGACUGCCAGACAAACAUCACCUGAGUGCAACUGCCCUCCAGGACCUCCGGGUAAGCGUGGAAGAAGAGGCCGUGAUGGAGAAACUGGACCCCCUGGUCCUCCAGGUCCAAAGGGUGAAAAGGGGGAUCAGGGUGACCAGGGCCCACGGAUGGUCUUCCCUAAGAUCAAUCAUGGCUUUCUUUCCGCUGACCAGCAGCUCAUAAAGCGACGGCUCAUUAAGGGAGAUCAAGGCCAAGCAGGACCACCUGGACCACCGGGGCCACCGGGUCCUCCCGGACCAAGGGGGCCCCCAGGGGACACAGGAAAAGAUGGACCCCGUGGCGUGCCGGGUCUACCAGGUGAUCCAGGGAACACAGGAGAAUCAGGAGCCAUGGGACCCCAGGGGCCACAAGGGCCAAAGGGAUCUUUAGGACCUCCCGGAAUUCCCGGUGUUGAUGGACAGAAGGGGGAUGUUGGACGGGACGGUAUCCCAGGGGCCAAGGGUGAAAUGGGAGAACGAGGUGAAAAGGGCGAUCUGGGCGAGGAGGGACCAAAAGGUGACAUGGGGGAGAAGGGAGACGCAGGCUCCUCUGCUGCAGGCAUUAAGGGGGAACCUGGAGAACCUGGAAGAAGUGGACAGAAGGGAGAGCCAGGACUUCCAGGGCUGCCUGGACUCCCAGGGAUAAAGGGGGAACCUGGAUUCCUCGGCCCCCAAGGAGAGCCAGGGCUUCCAGGACUCCCAGGAACUAAAGGUGAGAGAGGUGACCAUGGACCUCCAGGAAAGGGUGAACGAGGAGAACUGGGACCUGUUGGACCAAAGGGUUCCCAGGGAGAGCCGGGUACACCUGGCUUGAAAGGGUCAAAGGGAGAAACUGGAGAUAAAGGAGAGCUGGGGUCAGCUGGCCCAAAGGGACCUCCUGGACAGAAAGGUGACCAGGGAACGACUGAAAUCAUCGACUACAAUGGAAACAUUCAAGAGGCUUUACAGAAGAUUACCACUAUUACAGUCACGGGUCCUCCUGGCCCAGCUGGACCAAUUGGACCACCGGGCAUGAAGGGGGAUCGUGGUAUGCCUGGUCUCCCUGGACUUGAUGGAGAAAGAGGCUAUAAAGGUUCCAAAGGAGACAUGGGAAUGCCAGGAGCCUCCGGGGAAAAAGGAGCAACUGGUUUGCCAGGCUUACCUGGUGUCAAUGGGGCAAAAGGAGACAAAGGAGACUCAGGACUUCCUGGUUCUCAGGGUCCAUCUAUCAGUGGCCCUCCAGGGCCACCAGGACCCCACGGGCCCCCGGGACCUAUGGGACCCCAUGGCUUCCCUGGACCAAAGGGGGAUCCUGGUUUGCACGGUUUGAAGGGCAUGAGAGGAGAACCGGGACACAAAGGGGACCGUGGACCUCUGGGUCUCCCUGGAGCCUCCGGCUUGGACGGCAAGCCUGGAAUUAGGGGCACGGACGGGCCUCCGGGUCCUGCUGGUCCAGCCGGACCAAAGGGGGACAUGGGUGAAAAAGGAUCUCCAGGUGAGCCAGGACCUCGAGGACCCUACGGUCUACCAGGAGCUGCUGGAACACCAGGAUUGGAUGGGUUGCCAGGCUUAAGGGGAGAGAAAGGCGACGUUGGGGAUAGAGGAGAAAAGGGUUUCCGGGGAUUUAAGGGUGAAAAGGGGGAACCAGGGCAGCCAGGUCUGGAUGGGCUGGAUGCCCCAUGCCAAUUGGGUCCGGAUGGAUUACCGAUGCCUGGCUGCUGGCAGAAGGGAGUCACGCCAUGGCUGGUGGCCUGAGUCUCCCUGCAAAAACCGGUGAUCAUUUUUUUAUUUUUAUUUUCUUUAUUGUGGCGCCUCGUUGCAGCCUCAGCCGGCUCUCACUCACUGUUGCUCUCAUGAAGCCCAGUUUUGUGGUCGUGGCGCCUUAGGGAGCCACACAUCCCUGGACGAGAGCUCUGCAGGUGACGGGACGAGAUUUGAGCCUCGAAAUCCGAGCGAGGCGGGAAAUCGAUGCUGAGAGAUUCAGCGGGAAAGUCGGGAACGUUUGCGAGGUUAAUGGCGAGAGCGUUGGCAGCAGGCAAACACGUUCUUUUCUGUUUUCACUUUUCUGUUUUGUUUUUUACUCUCAUUCGUAUUCAUUUGUAUUUUGUGUAUAAUAGCCUUUGGUGCCUCGAGCUUUUAUUCAUUCCUUUACUGAAAAUGUACAAACUUUUGUGAGAUUUUGAACCAUUUGAAUAAUGUGUUUUUACUUGGAGGGGAUGAACAGACUUUUUAUGAAGUGUUUUCACAAAAGUAGCUUUGCUUGAUCACACAUUUUGAUGUCUUGCAUAAGAAAAGAAAAAGUUUGUUAAAAGAAAUAACCUGAACAGUUGCAAACAUGCCCUGCUUUUAUCCUCCACCUGUUUGUUUAUAAAGUGUAGCCAGACUGCUGCAUGAACACAGUUUAGCACAUUUUAGAAUGGUAAAACAAGAGUUCUACUGUUUUUUUUAAGUAGUGUUAGUCAAAAGUGUUUGAACUUCAGUUUCAGGAUAAUCUGUUUCAAAAGAAGAUGCAACAACCAAUUAAGAUUGACGUAGCGAUGCCGUCUAUUCUCUUACGCAUCAUCGAUGGUCUUAAAGCAAAUGAAAAAGGGUUCAACUCAAUAAAUUCAUCACUAAAGGCCAGUCAUGUCACAUUCCAUAUUAGAUGGAACGGUGCAACUCCAGUUUCACCUGUUGACUGUAUAUGAGAACUGGACGGAGUGGCCCCUCCCCCCUCACAUUCCAAACAGGAAGUACCUGCUGGUUCCCAGAAGCCAAAAUCCCAUAGACUAAAAUAGAGAAAUAAACAGCUAUUAAUCAGUCAUUCUAUUAGUCAGAAUCUUGCUCUGAUACUUUUUUUUUUUACCGUGUUCUUUCUAAUUCAAUUUUUUUUCAUGAUAUUUUGUCUGUAGUGCCAGUUAUUCAAACUAUAAUCUGAUGAAUCAGAUGCCUCGAUAAAAGGAUGUGGUCUAAAGCUAUAUUCACACAAAGCAUGUUAAAGUUGUUCUUGAACAUGUGUUUAGCAUGAUACGUGUUUAGUGAUCACACUGGACCGUUGUUUGUUUCGGGUUGGGCCUAAAUGUCAAAUCAGUGUAAAUCUGGUGAAUCUCGCUCCAGGCUUUUCUAUCACAGCUCUAUUUUGAUACAUGAAAGACUUGGUGUCAUAGGAUUCCGGCCAAAUCAUCAUUAUUAAAUUCUCUUCCAUGAUGACAUUUUAAAUGGUUAGUAUUUCUGUGAAUUAAAAGGGACGCCAUCUAUGCGUCACCAAGUCCCUAAGGGUCAAAGGUCAUCCUGGUUUAAGUUUUAACGUGCGUUCAAUAGCCAUGUAUUUUUUAUGGAGAGCCCAAAAAUUUGGGUUAGGGUAAGGGUUAGAAACUUGCAUAGCAACACAUGAACAGGAUAGUUUUGAAUGCAGAAGCCCAAGACUCCCACAAGUGUGUGUAUAAAUAAACUUUUUUUUUGGGGGGGGGGGUUGCUUGAAUGCAAGUUGUCAAGGGCGCUGUUAACGUAGCUUUAUAUAAAUUGUUUGAAACGUUUGACGUAUUCUGUCAAGCCCACUUUCAACUGACUUCCACCAAGUUCACUCCUGAUUGACAGGAGCGAUUGCCAUAGAAACGAUGACUCAAACUGACUCAGGCCAAUCAAUGCUUAUUGAUGAUUUUUGGUUCCAACAUGGUGACGUUUGUAUCACACAAAAAAUGGCGUCUGAAUUGACCAGAUUAGGUUAGAGCCAGGUGAAUCCACACUCCCUCAGUCCAGUUCUCUUAUACAGUCUAUUGUUCCACCACAGUUUUAUGUUUCUAGUACUCACAAUGCAUCUUGACAUGGUGUUUGCUAUAAAAGGCAGUUUCUUUUUCUUUUUUGCAAACAUGCAUGACUGAGUUGUUGGAAAGGCAUUAAUAUGAGUAAACGUGGAUCGCUUUGCUGUAAUGCAGCAGCGGCCGCAGAUGAAUCUGGCAGGUUUUCCGUCAGUGAGGUUUCUGUUUGGUUAGUCAUGUUUGAAUUAGUGGAUGCACUUCUGUUCAGACUGUAAUGCUGCUCUUUCACAAUACAGCCCAGUCGAUGUGCUCCAUCUUGCAUUUGUCAAAUUAAUGGUCUUUUUUUGUGUAUUUUUCUUCAAGUGGUACAUUAUUUAUUUUUCUAUCGUUGUUUUAUGUUGUAAAGGCAUUUUGGUUCGGAGCAGCAUUCCUUUCAGCUUUUGUUGAAAUGAAGAACUUUGGGUCACGCUGAGGCUUCAGUUGGUCAAACCGUUGACCAGCACGCUCUCGCCGUGCGUCCCCUUUGAUCUGCAAGACCUUACCAUGCUUUUAUUUUGAAACGUCUGUCAGAAACCCGACUCCUGACAGAUGCAAUUACAGUUAAACAGAUCAGCCUUGUUUCUUCUCUUUGCUCUUUGCGCCUCUUUGCAUUGAAUGUAGAUUGAUAUUUGUAAAGUAGAUUAUUAAUGUACUGUUGACGUGUGCUUUUUUGACAUAAAGUGCAAUUCAUACUUUGGUUCAUGCGUGUAGCAUCAGAUGCAGCUUAAGUAUCACAUUAAAGUGAAUUCUGCAGCUUCAUUUGUUCAGUAAGGCUACUCGUUAUACCACUACCUGGAAAAAAAGGGUUUUUAUUGUAAACAUGGACCUCUGACUCAAGUAUCUUUUUUUUGUUUAUUUGUUUUCUUUGUAAAAUGUAGUCUGAUAAGUUUUUGCAAGUGUUUAGUGUUUGCAAGUGUUUUUUUUUAUUUUCAGCCUUUCUUACAGUAUUUGUUUUCACACGGUGCUGUAUCUUAAGCAUGUGCAGCUAUUUUUUUAUAGAACUUUUUUGUAUUUCAUUAAUCUUUUACUUGUUUAAGGUUCAAAUAGAGGUGAAUGAAGCUGGAGGUAGAGACCGUUUCUUGAUUUCCAUGAAGGUGUUGGAAGUGCUGCUGAAGCGCCACACAGCAAGGUGCAAUGAGAUGUGUGUCCUCAGUCAGUUUUUCCCUGUUACAGGAAAGUUCUGGGGGUUUCUCUAAGGUAACAGAAGCAUUCGAGUAAAAGCACAAGUUUAGUCCCAAUAAAGGGUCAAAUCUACAAUUUUCUGCAUAAAUUGAAGGGCCCAGGUCUGUUAUCAGAGGACUGAGAUUUGCUGUAGACUUUCUGUAAAACCCCUGUCCUAACAAAUGUUCUCUCUGAUCUCUUAGAAUUAAGUUUUUGUUCAUGAUUUUCAUUUAUUUUCUGCUGUGCAUUUGUUUUAUUUCUUGUUCUGCCCCCUACUACCAUUGGGUUCACACUCUGUCUAAAGUUGGAGCCAAAUAAACAGUCUUUGAAUUUGA